AUGGACGUAAAAUCAGAAAAUUCCCACGAUCCCACCAAGCAUCCCCACAAGCGAUUCUCUUCGGAUAUCCUUCUCAAACUGUACGGUAUCGACGUGGGUGCGGCUGCCGCCUCGUCUGCCAUGGUGGCGCCCUUUAUUGCCGUUGUCGACAGAUCGAUCAUUGAAAACUUGAAUGGCAAGCGGGCAUUGAUGACAGGAUUGAAGGAGGGAUUAAAGACGGUGUUUACUCAACCUCAUCGAUUUGUGGCGACGCCUCAGUUUCAGUUGGUGUUUGGGUUGUAUUUCAGCACGUACAUAACGGCGAAUCUCGUGGAUACAACGUGUGAGCAGCAUUCCGUGGAGACGGGCAAAGCCGCCAUGUUAAAGUUUAUGGCAACGUCGACGGUGAACAUGCUUCUCUGUAUUUACAAGGAUCGAUCGUUUACGCGAAUGUUUGGCGCGAGCACGACGCGGAAAUUGCCGUUCCUCAGCUACCUUUUGUUUGCGGCUCGUGACUCAAUGACGAUCGCGGCCAGUUUCACUGCACCGGUGUAUUUCGCGAGCAAGCUUCAGGAAUACAAUAUCGUGGGAUCGGCCAAAUCGGCUGGCGUGACUGCUCAACUGAUUUGUCCUGCGUCGGUACAGUUCUUGAGCACGCCUUUGCAUUUGUAUGCCCUCGAUUUGUACAACCGCCCGUCCGUGACAGGAGGCCAACGCGUGUCGCUGAUUCGCAAGGAAUACUUCAAGAGCACCUUAGCCCGCUGCGCUCGUAUCGGUCCCGCUUUCGGUAUCGGUGGCGUAGGCAAUACCUUUGCACGAAGCAUCCGUAACCAAGUGAUCCAUCCCGCAGCAACAGCAUAG